AUGUACAGCACAUUGGUGUCGACUUUUCAGGAGGAAACGCAAGAACUAGUGGAUAUUGCCAGUAUAACCCUCAGAGAAGUGGAAGUUGAUUUAAAGUCCUGGGAGGACAUUAUGCUACGAGACCGGGUUCCCGAAAAAUCCGUGAAAAAUAUAGCUGCCAUUUGGAAAAACCUUCUUAAGGUGAAGGCUGACGUGGAGCAAAUAAUGGAAGCGCUAAAGAAUUCUGGAACUCCGUCUUCUCCCUCGGGUGUCCAGGGCCCCCGCUUCUUCCGUAGUCGAGCCCGUGGGCACUUUACUCAGCCAGUGAGUAUUUUCUCCAAAUAG